UUUUUUUUUAUUCUACACAUAACAUUAACUGACCUAAAACUGAUAAUCAAGUUUUCUUAGUUUGAGAAUAAUUUACUUUCUCUCACUGGUGUGCAUCUGAUACCACAGGCAGCAAGAACAGCAAUGGCAGACAAACCAAGCCGAGGUCUGGUGUUAUUGGGUGACGGGUUAGCCCGUUUCAUCGAUCCAUCAUCGCACACUCACCUUCACUCUUUCGCCUCCCAAGCCUCCUGCGGUUUCUUGACACUCCCUAAUUCUCCUCCCUCAGAAAGCGACGAUGAGAGGACAGUUAGAGAAUUUGCUGUGCUGCUGGAUGCAUGCCACACUUAUUUAAAUAUGGACGGGCAAAUCACUGGUAAUGAUAGCCAAAAGGAUCAACCAAAACAAACUUUACCUGAUAGGUUUAUGGGAAUGAAAGCUGCUAUAUUGACCAACAAUUCAAGCUUGAAAUCUUUUAGUGCCAAACUUGGCUUCAGUGUUCUUCAAUUAGAUGAGUUGGUGAAAGAUUGUAGCGCUGAAUUACAAUAUAAUGUCAUAGCCCUUGAGCUGCUCAAGUUGCUUGGCUUUCAAGAAGGGAAGGUGCUGGACAAUAACCAAUUUGAUCUUAUUUUCUUUCACAUUGGAGCUGGUGAAAAGCUCAAUAGCUAUGAACAAAAAGUGAUUGCUUCUGAUGUGGAGUAUAUAGAUGCCUUGGUUGGUGAUAUAAUGAGCCAAGCGCAACCGGGAUCUGACAUCAGUUCUCGUCUACACUUUUCCCUUGUCAUGAGCUAUGGCAAGGUCUUACAGGAUGAUGAUUCCAAGUUUUCAGUGUUAAAGAGGAAAGAUGAGAAGAACUCUUAUCUUUCAAUGCUCUAUCCUCUACAAAGUUAUGCUAUGAAAGGAGGAGUUCCUCGGAAGGAUGUAAGGCUUCAUUCUCCCAUGUUAAUUGCUCAAUGGCAACAUGCUGUGACUCGCAAGGAUAAUGCACAGAAAUUUUUCUUUGAAGACUUCAUGGAGCAUGGUGGAAAUCUUGCAAUACCGGCAGAUAGGUUCUUGUAUGAGAUAGCCUUUAAGCUUUGGAAAGCUCCCAAGUAUGGAGCCUGAUUUUUUUUCUUUUUUCUUUUCAACUUCUUGUGAGCCUCUUGGCAUAGCAGCAGAGCUAUUUGAACAUGUCCGACACUAAUGCUGGUCCAGUGACGCUGAUUAACAUGUUUAUUUCGUACUCUAAGCUCUGCUCCAUCAUGUAAUAACUAAUAAGAUUUUGAUGGUUGAACGAUACACUUAUCCCCUAACUCUUUUGUUGGUAAUGUUUCUUGUAAACAA